AUGGAACCAGGGCUCAAGACUAUUGGGGUUUAUGCCUUCUGCGAAUGCUUCUCGUUGUCGAGGGUGUCAAUUCCUCCGACUGUUGUCAGCAUUGGUGGCAAUGCAUUUGAGUCCUGUAGAUCCAUACACGACGUCGUUUUUGUGGUUGGAUCAUUGAGAUCGAUUGGAGAGCUUGCGUUCGCCUACUCCAGCAGGAUCCAAUCGGUUUGGAUUCCUCCCUCUGUUAGAUAUGUUGGUGAUGAGGCAUUCUAUGACAAUGAAUGGUUGAUAUCUGUCGAAAUCCCACGAGAUAGUCGUACCACAUUCGGGUGGAAUGUGUUCAGUAGAUCUUGUCAGUUGGCGAACAUUGCUCUUCCACCAUCAACUACACAGGAUGAGCUAUUGGACCAAUGCACGGUUUUGAACGAUGCAUAUGGAUCCGCGAAUGUCAUGCAGGGUAUCAAAUCUCGCUUUCGCGGUUAUCCCGUCCACGAGGCAUGCUACUAUGCAGCAUCGGUGGAGUCUGACGAGAUGCUCGUCAGAGCUCUGCUAAUACAAGACGAAAACAAUACGUACCUAGAGAACCUGAUCGACCCACUUGGAAUGACUCCAUUCCAUGUAUUAAUGUCAACUUCAAAGAAAAGGCCAGAUCUACUGAAACUGUUGCUGGACUAUUACCCAUCCAAUGUACUUGGCCUCACUUGCCCGAGCGAUGAUACAGCUUUAUACUAUUUGACACAGAAUUGGACUACCGACGCAUCAAUAAUGCUACGAAUGGCACUGCAAAAGUGGAUGGUCCAGGACAUGGCAAGUUGGGGCUUACCUCAAUGGCGAUCAAACAUGCACGAGCUAGUCGAGUCUGUUUUCAAUGUCCCGCGAAAAAUGGAACUGCAUGCUGCACUAUUUGGCACACUGAGUAAAGCCUGUGAUCAGAUGGAAUGCUACGAGCUCAUGGAAACUACGUCCUUGCUAGAACUGUGGUUGUGGAAAAUGAAGAUGCAGUCAACGCGGAAUGGUGUCAAGCGAAUGGCCGUAGACCGAGCGAGCAGUCGUGCCCGGUGUGGUGCCACGUUCAUCAUACCGACUGUCGUAGACCAUUUGCUUGGUCCGGAUCAGCAUUAG